CUGGAACUGCAUUUUUGUUUUGCGUGGGUGGAGACAAGUCAUACGUAUAUCGAAGAGUACAACAUUAGCGAAGUCCCGGCGUUUGAAGAACAUACAUUGCUGCUGCUUGUAGCAAAAUGUUCAAGUUGUCGUUAAAACGUUUUGCAUCCUUGCUCGUUUUUCAACUGCUAUUCCUGUGUGUGGAUUUGGGAAUCAACAGUUUUUCGUAUCUUGCCCGUGGCGAUAAAGUGUCCAUCAUUUUCCUAUUUCUGGCUCAAGAUGUAUGCUUAAUUCUAUCGCUUACCGCUAUAAUAUUCAGCUUGUAUUCAACCUAUGUUUAUCAGGCCGGAAUGGCACAUUUGUUGUAUGAGAAGUUUCGUGUUCCACUGCUGGUAGCGAUGGUAUAUUUUCUUCUCUGCGUCAGUCUUCAUACCUGGCAGGUCGUUGAUCAUCACAAAUCUCCGUACUUAUUUCAAUGGCCGAAGGCGCUAACUGCUCUAUUCAUCAUUCAAAGAUUGUUCUCCCCUCUGUACUACUACCUAUACAAGAGAUCGGCACUAAAGAUGAGUGACCCACGGUUCUAUGAAAAUUUGGACUGGAUCACCGCCCAGUUAGCCAGCAAGUAAAAUGUAUGCAUUUUGGGUUAAAGCGAAGGGUGUGUGAUGUGAUCCAACAUUGGUUAUGAUGGCACAAAAUCUAGCUCUAAUUUGCAACAAUUAUAGACGAAUAGCGAGACGCUCUACUACAGUUUGAGUUAGUGCUUCUGAUUCAUUGAACUUCAUUUGGUUGAAUCAGUGUUUGUGUUGCGCAAAAGAAGGUAUAUGCCGGAUUAUUAUAAAUGAUACGACAGAUUUUGCAAACCAGGUUUUGACUCUUUUGGAGGUUCACAGUUUGUUUUAAAAACGUCUUAUUAUUGAUUCUCUUUGUUACGAUUUUGAGGAUAUGUUAGUGCUUAAAUAUGACAGGCCAUCACUCAAAGGAUAUUGCGUGCAUUUUAUUCAAGGAAACCUAGCAGACAUCAGUAGACAUGAAACCCUAUACUCAUAGGUCACGUCACCUAGUGACUAGAAGAAACUUUCAUGACUGUGAGAAUAGAACCCAUGAUUGCCUGUAGAUCACCGUAUAAAUGUUUCUUGACAUAUCAAUAAAUCAUCAAUGAAUGUU